AUAAUUGCAUUUUUCUUAAUGGACUCAGCUGCCGGACAGCAUGUUGAAGAAAUUUCAACCAAAAACAUAAAAAGCAUUAUAGACAGUGUUGACACAAUUCUCUUGGAUUGUGAUGGUGUAAUAUGGAAUGAGAAUGAGAUUAUAUCAGGUACUCCGGAUACCAUAAACUGGUUGAAGAGUUUAAACAAACGCAUUUUUUAUAUUAGCAACAACAGCACCAAAUCGAGGGACGAAUACCGAAAAAAACUGAAAGAUUUUAACAUCACCUGCGAAAAGGAGGACGUAUGGUGUUCUUCUUUCGUCAGCGCCUCUUAUUUAAAGUCGAUAGACUUUAAAAAAAAAGUGUAUCUGAUUGGUAUGAGCGGAAUUGCGGCGGAAUUAGAAGAAGCAAAUAUCCCAUAUCGCGGCUUCGAAGAGCACAAUGUUGAGCUCUCAUCCUUUACGGAAGCGAGUAAAUACGAAAUAGAUGAAGAGAUUGGCGCUGUGAUAGUCGGGAUGGAUUUGCAUAUUCGAUAUGCAAAGGUGGCAUUCGCCCAGCUGCAUUUAAGAGACAGAAACGAGUGCCUGUUUAUUGCUACAAACGAUGAUCAUGUCAUACCGGUAGAUGGAGGUCGGCUCUUGCCUGGCAGCGGUUCUAUAGCCAGAAUGAUCGAAUGUUGUUCUGAUCGCAUACCAUUUGUCCUCGGAAAGCCCAAUACAUGGCUGCUUCAACAAAUGAUCAAGAUGUAUAAACUAGACCGGGGGAGAAUGCUUAUGGUUGGUGACAAUCUCAAAACUGACAUUUUGUUCGGUAAUAACGAAAGCGUAAGAACUCUACUGGUCGAAACAGGCGUAUCAAAGCGCAAGCACAUUUAUAACAAUGCUCAAAACGAGCAAAAGAUAAUUCCCACAUAUGUCUCUGUCAGUCUUUCUCAUCUCAUGGAGGCUUAUAAAGAAAGCAUUUCCAGUGUUGCCAAGUAAGAUGUUUUUUGCGCCUUAGUUAUGGUAGAACUGCGGCAACACGACGUCGAAUCCAUGUGCAAAAUCGUAGAUGAAUGAGAAAUAAGAUAUUCGAAACUUUAUUUUUCUGAAAUCAACUUUUUGUGGACACAUAUUUGUAGUUGACCUAUUCGACGGUUCAAGCAUUUUCAUUUAUGUUUUUAUUAAAGCGAUAAAGAUUAUCUGAGCCGGUAUUUUGCACAUGAAAA